CCAGAUGACAGUUUUUUUGUCAGCUGUUCAUAAAUUUAGAGACGCCAUUUGCUCGAUAACUUGUUCGUCGUCCUCGGAAUAUUGUUCUUCGAAUAGUCUACAUUUAUCCAAGUCAUCCUGUUAUAGAAAUAUUUUAUCAUCAUGACCACAGGAAUGCCGGAGCUGGGCUCCAAAAUAAGUCUAAUAUCGAAGGCAGAUAUCCGCUAUGAAGGACGUUUAUUUACAGUUGAUCCUCAAGAAUGUACAAUAGCUUUGGCGUCCGUGCGCUCCUUCGGCACGGAGGACCGCGACACUCCUUACCCAGUACCAGCUCAGAACCAGGUCUACGACUACAUCCUGUUCCGCGGCUCUGACAUCAAGGACAUCCAAGUGAUAGGCAACAUAGCACAUCCUCAGCCGCUCAAUGACCCUGCAAUCAUGCAGCUGUCGGUGCCCCCGUCACUGGGCAACCAGCCAUUCCAGGGACACCCCGUGCUCGGACCGAUGGCCCCCCAGAUGGGGCAGUUUGCUGCCACGUCAUACGGAGGAAUGGGAGCGGUGAUGGGCAGCCUAGGAACCGCUAUGGGAGGUAUGCAGAGGAAUUCCAGGGGUAUGGGGGGCAGCAAGCCAAGCGAGUUGAUCGUGGGGCCGGGUCCCCAGCCGCCGACUGUCUUGUCGCCGCCUAUCGAGCCGCCUCAGACGGCCGUCAAUCACGAUUUGAUCGGAGGAUCAAGGAGUACGACCCCGGCU